ACCAAACUUCAUUUGCUCACUUGCGCUCUCACGUUGAGAUUAUCGGUUGUUGAUUUUAAAUAAUAUGUCUCAUGUUUAAUUAAAUUACGAUAAAUCAGAAUUAAGUCUUAAAGGAAAUGACUGUGUUAAGAUUCUGAAUUAAUUUAAUAAUUUACCAAAAUGACAAGUGAUAAAAGUCUGACUAGUAGUAAUCUUAAAAAUAGGAAGGAAAAACAAGAAGAUGUUGGAUCCAUGUAUGAACAGGAAUCUAAAUUACGUUCCGGUACUGAUAGUUUUUUCAAUAUUAAUGAAAAACCAGUAGACGACAUUUCUAUUGAAUUCUUUUAUAAACCACAUACUAUCACUUUACUUCUUCUGUCAAUUGGAGCUGUUAUUUAUUUCGCUUUUGUCAGAGAUACUACCAAUGUAGAGGACAACUUAUGGGCUGGAUUAUUAUGUGUCAUCUUCUUUUUUCUAAUAAUCUCAGUUCUAACAUUUCCAAAUGGACCGUUUACACGACCGCAUCCAGUUGUUUGGCGAAUUGUAUUUGGAUGCAGUGUACUUUAUUUAAUGGCCCUAUUAUUCAUGUUAUUCCAAAGUUAUGAGACAGUGCGAAAUAUAUUUGUAUGGAUUGAGCCAGGCCUCUCGUCAUUUCAUAUUGAUAUGGAUAAGGAAUAUGGUGUUAAUUGUUCCGAUAUAACAUUGGAAAAAAUUUACAAUCAUUUGGAUGUAUUUGCAGUGGCACAUUUUCUUGGCUGGGCAUUUAAAGCAAUUCUUAUACGACAUUUUGGUAUAUUGUGGGCAAUAAGUGUGAUGUGGGAGGUCACUGAGAUUGCGUUUGCUCAUUUGUUGCCAAAUUUUUUGGAAUGCUGGUGGGACGCUUUUAUUCUUGAUGUUUUAAUAUGUAAUGGUUUAGGUAUUUGGGUUGGUUUAAAAAUUUGUCGUAUUCUUGAAAUGAGAGAAUAUAAAUGGGUCAGUAUUCGUGAUAUUGAAAGUACAACGGGGAAAUUAAAAAGGGCUGUUCUUCAAUUUACACCUGUAAGUUGGACAUCAGUGAGAUGGUUAGAUCCAACGUGUACGCAUAUGAGGUUUGUUGCACUUGUUCAACUUGUUAUAUUUUGGCAAGUUUCAGAACUCAAUACCUUUUUUUUGAAACAUGUGUACGAAUUUCCACCAUCGCAUCCAUUUGUCGUUACAAGAUUGGUCUUGAUUGGCGUUAUUGUCGCUCCUUCAGUAAAUCAAUAUUAUACGUACGUGACAGAUCCGGCUUGUCAUCGUGUUGGAACUCAAUGUUGGGUUUAUGGAGCUAUUAUGGUUACGGAGGCAUUACUUUGCAUUCGACAUGGUGCAGCACUUUUUGAACGUACUCAAGCUUUAAAUAUUCUUCUAUGGCUAUUAUGUCAAUCUCUAGUCUCAGUACUUUGUGUAUAUGGAUGCGUUUUGUGGCAAAAAUAUUUUGCGACGGAUAAACUAAACACUCCUGAUCAGGACAAAAACCUCGCAGACGCUAAUCUCUGCCGUGGAGAGCUGGAAAGUGAUGACCGAUCUUUGGAUCUCGAAGGGAAAAAAGAGAAUUAAAGACUCGUGUAAAUAAAGAUUAUCGCUUACAAAGAAGAGCAAAAAAAAAAAAAACUACCAGGCUUUCUAGUCGUUUAAGAGCUAAUAAAAUAAAAAAUUUUCUAUUGAUUUCAAUUUAAUAAAAAAAAAAAAAAUAUCCUGACUUCGCACGAUAGUUGAAUGUUUUUCAUUAAGAAAAAUGGUUCAAUAUUAUAAAAUAUUUAAUAUUAUCAUAUUAAAGAUAAGAAGUACCUGUGUGACCGUGAAAAAAAUUCCAAACUUGUAAAAUUAAAUUUUUUUUCUACAAACAUGUUUUUACGUUUAAUUAAUUUAAAGGAGUUUUAAAAUACAAAAACUACUAUUGUCUUUAAGGGGGAAACAAAUAAAGGACUUCUCUCCUUUGUUUUCAGAGGAAUUUACUAGUGCCAAUAUUAUAAAAUGUAAGAUUUGUUUCAAAUCAAGAAAAUCGUUCGAAGUCAGUGACAUGUAUAAAUUAGUUUGAAAUUGAAAAUAUUGCCAAACGAAUUUAAAAAAAAAUGUGUCACUUUAUAAAGUGAGAAUCUAAUAAUAAAAGAAACAUUUAGAAUUCUAAUGAAACACAUUGGUUUAUAAUCGAUUUUAAAAAAUAGCAAUUAAUAUCCAAAAUCUUGUUACCAAGGAAUAAAAAUACAGAAACUUUUUAGUCUUAUAAAUUUGUACGGGGAAAAACAUUCUUUAAUAUUGAAGUUUUUAUUCUUAUCAUUUACUUCUAUUAUCAUUUAUUUUAGAUAAGCGUAAAUGAAAAUUUAAUAGUGUUUGUGUAAUGUCCAGUUCAAACGUUGAACUAAUUUAUCGAUAAUGACAAGUAUGGCUGUAAAGUUAGUAAAUUUGAGAUAGAUGAACGCGCUAAGUUAUUAUUUAAAUUGAGAAAUUUUAACUAAUUUAGAAAAUUCAGAUUUAAUGCAAGAAAAAAAAAAGACAAGAAUAAUUUAACACGAGACGAGUUUGUAUUUAUAUAUAAAGAACGAACGUAUAAAAAAUAGAAUUUAAAUAAAAUGAAAUCUCAAUUAAGUAUUGUAAUAUAGUUUUCAAUUUUCGUUGUAUAAAACAAGGAAUAUUGAAUUGAAAUUUUUCCUUCCGUGUCAAUUUUUCAUUAUUUCUCUAUUUUUUCAAAUUACUUCUUUUCAACUAUAUUUAAAUUAUUUUUCUCCUUAAUUUAUAAAAAUAGAAAAUUAAUUUCAAUUAUUUUUCAUAACUUUACGUAUAUCACACUUAUUCUCAAGAAUAUUACUAUAAAAAAUAAUUCAGCCGUUUUUUUUUUUACGUCAAUAUGUACUCUAAUUAUUAUGAAUAAUUUUAUAUAAAAAAAAGCUCAGGUCUAUUUUUAGAAUUAUUUGUAUUUUAAUUUAACAAGUCAUAAAUAAAAAGCAAUUAUCUUAAAAUGAUACGAUGCUAAUUUAAAUAUUGCGAUUCCACCAAUAUGUAUAUGUAUAUAUAAUAUUCGAAGCUAAAUGACUGUGCAAGGAUUUUAUCCAAAAUAUCAAUAAACACAAUUCAUUUACAUGAUUAAAAUUAUAUAUUGGUUGUCAAUAAGUUAAUAAAAUAAGUAUUUGAUUAUAAAUAUAAACAGUGUGUGUGAAAAGUCAAAAUGGUUUGUGAUAUUAAGAAAAAAAUUGUACCGAAGAUUUUCUUUUUUUAAUUAACUCAAAGAAUUUAAAAUCUUUACGAUAAUUAUCACCAUCGACAGUCUGUUAAUAGAUUGAAAUUCUGAAAUUUGAUUUUUUUUUAAAAAGAAAAUCUUUAUCAGAUUUUUGAAAUCUUUAAUUCAUAGAAUUUAUGCCUAUAAUAAAAACUGUCGUUAAUAAA